AUGCCCUUCGGGAUACUUGAAGAUCACCACAUGGAGCUAGUCCCUGGGACAGCUUGCAUGAAUGAUCAGUCUGAUAUUCCACGAGAGUAUGAGCAGAUUCCUCGAGAGCUGCUGAAACAUGGAACGGGGCGACUAUCACAUCUUAUCUUGGUGCCGCAGCCAUCAGAUUCCCCAAACGAUCCAUUGAAUUGGCCUGUUUGGAAGAAAGAUUCAAUCCUUCUUAUAGUGGGUCUUUCUGCUGCGGUGGUAGGAGCCUUCGGACCCAUGCUGUCACCGGGAUUCGUACAAAUUUCGCACGAGAUGGGGAUCAGUGUCAACACACUCUCUCAAUCUACAGCCUGGCUUAUCCUAACCAUCGGCCUCUCGUUAUUCAUCGCCAACCCCGCAGCCAAAGUAUGGGGGCGACGCCCAGUUUACAUAGUUGCCAUCAUGAUCAUGUUCGCAGGUAGUGUCUGGGGAGCGUUUGCAAAGGGCUACGGCUCUUUUCUCGCGAGUCGCAUCGUAUCUGGGUUUGGUAUGGCACCUUAUGAAGUCCUUGUUCAAUGCACGAUUGGCGACAUGUAUUUCGUGCAUCAGAGAGCCACCAGGAUCGCGGCCUGGAACCUGUUUCUGCUCUGUGGCAUUGCUGGAGGGAGUCUGAUAAGUGGAUAUAUCAUUCAAGACAUCGGCUGGAAGUGGACAUUUGGAAUCUGUGCUAUCCUUUUCGGCGUGUUCAUGUUCUUGGUCCUCCUUUUCGUUCCUGAAACUGCCUACAAUCGCGUCCCUAUACAGGAAAGAUACGGAGGGAUAGCCCUUCGUAUCUCUGAUAUAGAGAAGCCGAUUGAAAAGGAGGAACUGAAGGUCUCUUUGGAUGAAAACACUGCUACUAGAACCACAGGCUCGCUAGAGAAGAAAGACUCUUUUCUGCGAAGUCUGCGCAUCUUCACAGGACGCUACUCAGACGCACCAUUUUUGAAGAUCUUCAUUCGCCCUUUUAUAAUUUUCUGGUACCCCGCCGUUCUCUGGGCCUUCCUAGUUUACGGCACCACGCUCACUUGGAUUGUUGUGUUCAGCGUCGUCAACGCAUCGAUCUUUACACUCCCACCCUACAACUUCACAGUCUCCCAAGUUGGACUCGUCAGCAUCUCGCCACUAGUCCUAACCGUCGUCGGCGAGGUAGUAUCUGGACCACUGAACGAUUACAUCUGCGUGUUCCUAACCAAAAGGAACCGCGGUAUCUACGAGCCAGAAUUCCGACUCGUUCUCAUGAUCCCCGUACUCCUUAUUGGAAUCAGUGGCUUCUUCGGCUUCGGCGCUUCCGUCCACUACCAGACGCAUUGGAUAGGUCCCGUGCUCACCUUCGGACUUACAAAUAUGGCCAUGGCGUUCGCGUCAGGCUGCGUAUUUGGCUACGUGAUAGAUUCGUACGAGAAACUGAGCGAAGAAGCAUUCAUUGCUAUCAAUGCCCGCAACUUCCUGACUUUCGGCCUGACGUACUUUGUGAAUGAUUGGCUGGAGAAAGACGGUGUUCUGGCGGUCUUUAAUGUGCUAGGUAGUUGUUUCAUUGCCGUCGUCGCUCUGACGCUCCCGCUGUGGGUGUUUGGGAAGAAACUGAGGAGUGCGAUCGCGAGGAACCAGAUUCUGAAUAAUCUUAUGAAAAAUUAG